UUAACUUGAACAAUUUUAAAAACGAUCAAUAGUGAUCGCCUAGCAACCAACCUCAGAAACAGAACAAUGACUUUGUGUUUAGGCCCUGUUGGCUCUGGGAAAACAUUAUUAUUGAAAAAAUUACAGAAUGUAAAUAAUGUUAAUAAUACUUCAACUUCUGUGCCGACGGUAGGAACAAACAUGUUCACAAUCAGGAAUGAUAAUGAGACUUUUUUGAUACGGGAGCUCGGUGGUGCUAUGGCACCUUUGUGGUCCAGAUAUUUUAAUGAAAACAUUAACAAAAUCAUAUACGUAGUGGAUGCCUCGAAUUUAUGUCAAAUCUCAGCAGCGGGCGUAUUACUGUAUACGAUAUUAGUAGAUCCUGUAUUAAAAAAUUGUCGGUUUCUUUUGGUGUUAACAAAAAUGGAUGUGAGCUACAGACAAAUGCGUAAUGAGGCGUUGCUUAUGCUGCAAAUGAGACGACUGCAGGAAGAAAUCAAUCAGACCAUUACAAUUACCGAAGCCAGUGCCAUUACUGGUGAUGGAUCUAAAGAAAUUAUGAAUUGGUUGAGAAAAAAGUAAUUCAAUGGUCAGCCGAGCUUGCGAUUAGUUAAAAGUCACGUACCAUACAACUUUCACCUGAAGCUUUUUUGCUUUUUAGAAAUUUAAAUGAAACCUUCUUUUCGUAUUUUUAAUUUUAUGCCUCACCAAGUGACAGGAACCAUGUUUUACGGUAGCUAUGUAUAAAUACAUGAUAAACCUAACAAAAAUCGUUAGUCGUCAUUUAAAUUUAAUCAAAUCAAGAUGCAUAUCCCAAAGAUUAUAUUUGUAUUUAUCAUUGCAUUUUUCUCAUUGGUAAGAAGCAAUCCUUUGUACGACUUGGAAUCUGCUGCGUCUGGGGGAGAUCAUCAUGGCAGAGUUCAAAUGAAAAUAUACAGGGGACCGUCAGAACAUAGUGGGCACGAUUACUAUGCUCCAUGGGGUUAUUGGGUAAAGCAGCCAACAGAUGAAGGACAUUACAAAAGAUAACAUUUUUAUUGCUUUUAUACCUUGUUAAUUUUAUAAUAAAUGUUACAAAAAAAAAACAAUUUCAAUUUAAUCAAUGUUUGUCCCACAAAAUUGGGUAAGAAAGAGUGGUCCCUCAUAAAAGAGCCACUGCCCCCUGACAUUCCUAAUUAAAGGUUUAUCU